CCUGGAUGCUAUCACGCAGGGCCCAAUACUGGCGUUGGCCCUGGCGCGUCCCGAGACGAUCGCCGAUGCACCAGAACGGUUGGAGGCGGCCCUCCUUCGGUUCGCCGUGAACCAACUAGAGGGGCAGUGUGAGGAGGAGGUUGGGCGAGUGGAGGAGCUCCGAGAGUGGAUGGAAUACCCAGGAUACAGUGCGGAGGAGGGGGACGAGAAAGUGUAUGUGACAUGGCGAGAUACGUGCUUCGAGAAGUCUGAAAAGACUUUUGACUACAAAGUGUGCCCGUUUCAUGAGGUCAAACAAGACCACGUAUUGGUGGGGAGGUGGGCAGCGUGGAUCAAGAGGGAAGAUGGACAAGGGGUAGCUGAAGGAGCGGGGCCCGUCAUGUUUUUCUCGGAAGGGCAGCAGUGCUGGAAUGGUCCGAAGCGGAGUGCCGUCGUUCAGUUGUGGUGUGGACUGGAGGAGCAGUUGGUGGAAGUGUCGGAGCCAACUGUCUGUGUAUACGACUUUGUAUUGAUGACUCCGUUGGCAUGUACUGAGGCAGUAUUGGCCCAAGCAGAAGAGAGACUGAGGAACUUAGGUAUUAAGUUGCCAAAGGAUGAGCCGAGUGGCGAGAACGUAGACAGAAUAAAGCACGAUGAAUUCUGAAAGCGCAGCGGCGACCAAUAGAGUGGCUCAG